AUGAUGAAGUUAUGUAUUUUCGCUCUUUUACUUCUCAUUUGUGUCGACAGUACAUCUGCCUUAGUCUGCAAUUUCGGUCAAAGCCCAUGCGGAAACAAAUGUUACUAUCCAGUGGCUUCGCAAUGUAUUGAAGGGCAUGUUUGCAAGAUUGGACAAAGUGUAUGUGGCAGUGAAUGUUACUUCAAUGUCGGUGUGCAUACUUGUAUCGACGGACAUCUGUAAGCAACGAAGAUGCAAACUAUAUCGAUUCUUGCAAUUGUAUUGUGUAUUGUCAGUGGCACAUUGUCAUUCGACGUGACACUCGAUCAAAACUGGAAUUUAUGGAAACAAACACAUAACAAACGCUAUUCACAUGAUGAAGAGCAUGUUCGUCGUGAUAUCUGGGAAGAUAAUUUGAAAAAAGUGCGAGAACAUAAUCUGAAAGCUGAUCUUGGUGUUUACACAUUCUGGCUUGGCAUGAAUACAUUCGCUGAUUUGACUGGUGCAGAAUACGCUAAACUGAUGACCAGUCCUAAGAAAUCAAUCCGAAGUGAAGAUCAUCAAGGAUAUAAACGAGAUGAAAACGUGAUAUUACCUGAUACUGUUGGUAAUGUGUAG